CAGUCCCUUCCUGCUGCAUCACAACAGCCGUUAGUAGCUCGAGUAGCACUGGUGACCGGGGGCACACACACACAUACACACAUACAUACACAUACACACACAUACACACACACACACAGAGAGAGAGAGAGAGCGAGAGAGAGAGAUCCACAAACAGCUAAUUCAUUCAUUAAAAACUAACUCUUUUCGGUCGUUGCAACGCUCACACAACAUCCCGACGCGAAGUGGGGUUAGAAACCAGACGGACAGGAACUGGUUGCAGUGCGAUCGACCCGCUCCAGCUGUUGGGAUAUGGCCAGGCCGGAACAGGUUCUGCUCCUGGAGCCUCAACACGAACUCAAAUUCCGAGGUCCAUUCUCAGACGUGGUCACCACAAAUCUCAAGCUCUCCAACCCUACAGACAGGAAUGUGUGUUUCAAGGUGAAGACGACAGCGCCGCGCCGGUACUGUGUGCGGCCAAACAGUGGAAUCAUCGAUGCAGGCACCUCAAUCAACGUCUCAGUUAUGCUGCAGCCUUUUGACUACGAUCCCAACGAGAAGAGCAAACACAAGUUUAUGGUCCAAUCCAUGUUAGCACCUCCUGACAUGACCGACAUGGAGGGAGUGUGGAAGGAGGCAAAGCCAGAUGAGCUGAUGGACUCCAAGCUGAGGUGUGUUUUUGAGAUGCCAGUGGAGAACGAGAAAUCGCAUGACAUGGAGUCCAACAAGAUGAUGUCGUCCAGCUUGCUGAAGUCAGAUUCCUCCACGCUGCCUCCAAAGUCAAUGAGCUCCACCCUCGACGACGGCGAGGUAAAGAAGAUCAUGGAGGAGUGUAAGAGGCUGCAGAUGGAAGCUCAGAGGCUACGGGAAGAAAACAAACAGAUCAGGGAGGACGACGGUCUGCGGAUGAGGAAGAGUAACAUGAUGUCAUCUCAGCACUCCUCAGUUGGCAUAAAGAAAGAGGAGGGGUUGAGCGCCCGCACGGUGGCCAUCAUCGUGCUCUUCUUUCUGGUGGGCGUCAUCGUGGGCAAGUUGGUGUUGUAGACGGCAGCGCAGUUCGGUCGGCCGCAGCAUGCUUUCAGGGGGAUGAAAACAAACACGGGAUCUGGGAUUUUGGAUCAGAAAUGCCAUAUCCACUGGGUGGGGGGUGGUACUAGUUUUGAUUCAGUCUCAUUUAUGUAAAAAAUUUCAAAAGUAUUGUAUGAGGAUAAAAAAAAAAGAAGAAAAAACUAUUCACCAUCUUAUGAACAAACCUACUGUUACAGGUCUUGCCUCUACGUAAUCAUCACAUAAUCAUCUGGCCCUCUUCCCAAAGUUUCAUGUAUACAGAUGACUGGUUCUGUGGGUUGGGGGGGGUAAUGGAAACAUGAUUUAAUGCUAGUGAUUCAGACCAAUGGACUUUCUAACACCGGCGAGCUAGUGUUGGUGCGAUUGAGUCAGUUUGAAAUUGUGCGAAUGUCAUUUUAGUGUAUUGUUGUUUCUUUUUCUAAAUGAUGGAGGCCAGAGCCUAUGUAUAUGUAUAUGUAAUCCCCCCCACUGUACAGUAUAUCCAGGUGUUCCUUCCAGCUAAACCCCCUUUAAGGAAGGGAUUUACCAGAGAGAUGAUCCACGCAGCUGGGGUUAUACACACAGGGCUAUCAAACUGACUCCUCCAGUCAGAGGCUUUGUAAAAUCGGCUUGUCUUUGAUUGUAGAGGAACCUUGAUCAGUGUAUGAAACACUAUACCAUAUAAUAUACUUUUUAUUUUUCUCACUACCCUUACUCCCGUCACCUGUCACUCAGUGCUCACCACAUCCCCAGUUGUCAGAGGGGGAUGUUUGAUUGCAUGCGUUCACAGAGUGUUGCAUCUGGACUUUUGAAUCUAAUUUAAUUGCUUUUAUAACGGUGAUAAUAAUAUGUUAUUUGGCUGUAGGUUUGCACAACUAAAUUUUUCUGAUUUUAUUUCUUUUCUCUUUUGUGUUUUGUUGCAUUUUUAUGAUUUUAAGUAAUUAUUUUGUUUGGAAGGGUUGAAGCAUUUAGGAAUAUCGCAGCUACCAGAAAUGGGCUCCAGAUUUGUAGGAUUAGAUCAUUUCUAUAAAUGUUCUCCAGAUGAAAGUCUUGCCUUGUGACCUGUUGUGGCAAGUUAUUCUCAGGCCAAGAUGGAGGUAUAUAUACAGUACAUUGACAUAUAUAUAUAUAUAUAUAUAUACACACACACACACACAUACACACACACACACACACACACACACACACACACACACACACACACACACACACAGAAAGCAUGCAUACAUAUAGUGAGAAACCACAAGUGGACAGAAGGCGCAUAUAGAGGCAAUGGAUAUGUGUUUCCUUUACAUCAAUAACACCAAGGUCCUGUUACAGUGUCCUAACAAAAGGACCUUGGUCUUUUCCAGCUCUUUUUUGUUUUCUCAUAUUUUCCUACUGAGCCAUACAUUUGUUGACAUUCUGUGUUGUUUUGGGGCAAAUGAGUGUUUUAAGCUGCUUGCUCUCCACUGCUGGUGAUUUGCUGGUUUUUUUUCCUGUCUUUUUUUUCACUCCACUGCAGGCCUGUGUUCAGUUUUUUGGUGUUUGUUCAGCAUUUAUCCGUUGCUUAUUAAUGUUAUAUCCUCACCGCAUUUGAAGUCGUGUUCAUUUUAAAUGCACUAAGAUUAAGAGUGUCUCUCCUUUGAUCUUCCUGCAGCAAACAACCUUUUUUUUUUUUCUCUAGCCAGAGGGGGUAAAUAAAUAAAUAAUAAUACAUACAGUCUAGCCUUGCGGGGACCACACGAUGACAUUGUACUGUUCCAGAGAUGAUGGUUCUUUUUUUGUCAGAAAUAAACCAAAAAAAAAACUACUACAAACUGUUUUUUCCCAAAAUUUGCAUGAGGAAGGAAAAAAAAAAAACAGCAGUGGAGAGCGUCAUUCUGUUUUGCAAUAUUUGACAGAAAAGAGCAGUCGGUCAUAUUUCUAUCCCACUGUAUCCACAUAUAGAGAGUAUUCCCCUUUGCUAAACUGAACGAAAAAUCACAAUCCCCCCAUCUUUUUAUGUUAGGUGGAGUGGAAGACAAUGGAUCUGACAGGUGGGGAAGAGGUUAAGAUAAACAUAAGCUUGUGUUUCCGCUGUAUCUCUGUAAAGUUGUUGGGUUGAGGAUGACUUGCUGCUUAGAAGGGAGGGCAGAGCAGGCUUGAGCUUACAGUCCAAUCUUGGGUUAUCAAGACCUGGGUCACGUAGUACUUGCAGGAAAUUCUUUUUGUUCAGUGAAUCCUGUUUGGAGUAUGCAAACAUUUUACACAAGACAAGAUAAUAUACUGUUAUUGUGAUUAUGAGAAAAACGUACCCCUGUGUACCCCACCAGUGUGGUACUCCAAGUAGGAUUAAACAAAACAAUGACAAUUACAUGUAAAUACUAAUUGAUCCAGGCCUGGGUUGUUAAACACACUACACUGACCUGUUCUGGAGUCUCUGACCAUCACCAUGAUCAAUGUAAGCAGUCGGGAAACUGUUUUGUAUGUAUAUAAAUAAAUAAAUAAGUCUAUCUGAGAAGAAGAUUAAUAUUCCUAGUCAAGUAGUCUCUCUGGUGUAUAAAAACAAUCCAACCUGGUUGGACUAUGUAGCAUCUUAAUAAAUUAAAUGAAUAAAGCCCCUA